UGUGGAUGUUGGCUGUCGCCAGUGAAUUUUACUUCUUGAAUUGUUUUUGUUUUAACUAUCAUUUUCGUUUUGUUGGUUGAAUGCUCAGUUCUCCAGCAGCAAUUUCAGUUUAAUUGUUUCGCGUAGUAGUUUUAAGGAAUGGCGUCCACUGCGGGAUCCGUCGGCCGUCGGACGCUACGCAACGCCAACAAGCGCUUCACCGCUGCCCGUCGAGCAGCGGUAGCCACCGAAGAGGAAGGAUCUUCCAUCACUCCGCUAGCGCCCCCUGGAGAUCUUCCUGCCAUGGAUGUGGACAGCGGCGACGUGGAAAGCGACGGUCUCCAUCAGCACCUGCGCUGUCCGUUACCCUUCAGCGCCUUGGAUAUCGUCAAGGUGGAAACGCUGGAGCUGCCGGAUUACCUCAAUCCCUGGAUGAAUCCCCGGUCGCUCCCGGAGAACGGCGUCAUCCCGGAGGGAUUCGGACAUGACAAGUUCUCCUAUAUCAUGGAUGAGGAACGUCAGGAACUGCCGUGGAUCCGGCCGCUUCCCACCGCCAGGGCGUUCACCUUGGUCUCGCGUAACGUUGUCCUCCAUGAGCGUCAUGUAUCCCGACCGGCGCAAUCUGCCGACACCACGGCGCCCACCCAGUCCGAGGCCGUCGAGGAACCCCGCCACGGACCCCUGGACGACAUGCUGGCCCUGUUGGCGUUCGCCGCGUCACACUUCUGUCCGCGCUGCAAACGGUUCGCGUGUGCAGCCUGCCCGGUGCCGCCUCAAGUAUGGCCCAUCGAACUCGGUCCCAUCGUGAAGCCGAACACCGCCGGCAGACCGUGCGGAGCGGAGUGUCAUCUUCACCGGCUGAAGAAGCGCAUGGUGGGCGUCGUGGAACCGCCGUCGACGCGCGCCAUCAUCAAGGCGUGGUUGAUGGAAGAUGUGGACGGUCGGCAGCCGACGUACUGCCAGCUGGCGGAGCUGGUGGACUUGCCGUGUCGGUAUGUCUGGCGGAUUGCUGGGGAAGUGGUCAGGAGCUGCAGGAACUCCAAACCCAAGAUGAUUCGACCGGCCAUCGCGUGCAGUCCGCCAGAACCCAUCAGCAUGGAGGAGGAACAUGUAGGAAACUUUCGGCAGCAGUACCGUCCGUGCCACCACCCGGGCUUCCCCUGUUCAGACCCCAAGAGCAACUGCCACUGCCCGGAAACCGGCGGCACGACCCUCUGCCACGAAGCCUGCGCCUGCGCGGCCGACUGCCCAUACCGUCGCCCGCAUCCCUGCACGCGGGGCUGUACACCGGCGCGGCGCCAUUACCGGUGCAAAUGCCUGGAGCUGCAUUACGUCUGCGCCCAGUGCGGUGUCUACGCGGAUUUCGGGCACAGGAAGAAGACGCUGUGCGGCCGUUCUGCCGUGUCCGGCAUCGGGACGUUCAUCAUGGAAGUCGUGAAGGCCGGCCAGUUCAUCGACGAGUACACGGGCGAGAUGAUCAGUGUGGAUGAGGCGAAUCAGCGGGCCGCUUAUUUUCUCGACCGCUACGGCACGUACCAGUUCGUGCUGAACAAGCAGCUGGCCGUGGACGCCGCGGAUUUUGGCAAUACGAUGCGCUUCGUGAAUCAUUCCUUGGCCAAUGAGAACGUGAAGGCGCACAUUGUGACGGUGCGCGGUCAGCAGCACAUUGGGUUCUUUGCGGCGCGCCACCUGCAGGCGGGCGAGGAGCUGUUCGUGUCCUACUAUGCACCUCCGGAGAAGAAACCCAAGGGGAGGAAGCGGAAGGCCGUGGAGGAAGACCCAGCGAUUGGGGCAAUGCGCGAGAAAGUUUGCGGCUUCAUCGAUGUGAAGAUCAAGGAGAAGGUCCCCGAGGAACCGGGACUGGUCCACGCGGAGGCUCCCGUUCCAAAGGAAUGGUUUGUCCCGGGGAACGGUGUUAAGGUCACGGCGGUAAACGGUGCGCGAGAUGUAAUGGACGGGAUGUCGGCGGUCUCGGUGAGGCAAAUCGUCGACGCGGCCGCUCGUGGCGUUGUUAUUCGUGAAUGAGUUCUCCUCCCUGUUGCGUCAAUGCCGUUGCUGUUUCGUAAGGUAAAUUCGCGCUGGGGUAUAGCUUCGUUUUGCGAUUAGACUGCAUUUUUGUUUCUUCGUCAUGAAAGUGUUUCUUUAGCAUUCUCGAUCAGUGUAACGACAUUAGUUUUGCUUUUGUUGCGUUGUGAUCA